AGCUGGAGGGGGACUGGGGGACCCCCCCCGAGACAGGGACCCCCCCCGGCGUGGGGACCCCCCCGGACAGGGGGAGUCCUCCACUCACGGGGACCCCCCCGGACAUGGGGCCCCCCCCGCCCGUGGGGAUCCCUGAACCCACGGCACCCCCCCCACAAAAAGGGGGCCCCAUGGGGGCUCCCCCCACCCAAGUCCCGGCCCCCCCCCCCACCUGCGGGGACCCCCCCGGCCACAGAGGCCCCUUUCCAUAAAGGGCCCCUCCCCCCAAUGGGAAAAGCCCGCCAAAACGGGGCCCCUUCCCCAAAAGAGCACCCCACGUCCCACUCGGUGUCCCCCCCCGACGACCCCCCCACAUCGCAGGGCCGCCCCUUAGCCCGGGGGGCCCCCCCGCGGACACCGCCCCCAGGCUGUGCAGCUCCCCCGGGCACGGAGCCCCCCCGAGCCCCCCCUGAGGAGCCGGAGGCGGGGCCAGUCCCGGUGGAGGCGGGGCCAGCCCAAGAAGAGGCGGGGCCAGCCCAGGCAGAGGCGGGGCCAGCCCUGGAGGAGGCGGGGCCAGCCCAGGCAGAGGCGGGGCCAGCCCUGGAGGAGGCGGGGCCAUCCCAAGAAGAGGCGGGGCCAUCCCAAGAAGAGGCGGGGCCAGCCCCGGUGGAGGCGGAGCCAGCCCCGGCGGAGGCGGAGCCAGGCCAGGCAGAGGCGGGGCCAGCCCAGAAGGCGGGGCCAGCCCGGGAGGAGGCGGAGCCAGCCCUGGAGGAGGCGGAGCCAGCCCAGGUGGAGGCGGGGCCAGCCCUGGAGGAGGCGGGGCCAGCCCAGGUGGAGGCGGGGCCAGCCCUGGAGGAGGCGGAGCCAGCCCAGGUGGAGGCGGGGCCAGCCCUGGAGGAGGCGGGGCCAGCCCUGGAGAAGGUGGGGCCAGCCCAGGAGGAGGCGGGGCCAGCCCAGGCAGAGGCGGAGCCAGCCCAGGCAGAGGCGGGGCCAGCCCUGGAGAAGGCGGGGCCAGCCCAGGUGGAGGCGGGGCCAGCCCAGGCGGAGGCGGGGCCAUCCCGGGAGGAGGCGGGGCCAGUCCCGGCGAUCCCGGUCCCGGAGCCGGUGGCGGAGCUGCGGACGGCGCUGGCGGCGGAGCGGCGCGGGCGGGCGGCGCUGGAGCGGGAGCUGGGGCUGCUGCGGAUGGCGGGGCAGGGGCUGGCCCGGCGCCUGCAGGAGGCCGAGAGCCGCAACCUGGAACUGGAAGCGAAGCUGCGGCGGCUACAGAGCCCCCCGCGGGGGCCCGGUGCCCCCCCGCACGAAGGAGGCACGGGGCAGCACCCCACCAUCCCAGCCCCCCCUGCGGAGCCCCCGGCGGACCCCGGCAGCGGGGGCCCCCCCCGGCUUUUCCGCUCCCCCCUGGGGGUGCCCCUGUCCCGGCACCUCCUGCUCUGGGCCCGGGUCCCCCAUCCCGGUGCCACCAAGGACUGCCUGCUGCUCUGCGCCGCCGGCCUGCGACCCCCUGCCCCCCCGGGGACCCCCCCAUGAAGGGGGGUGGGGGGGGCCACGGCAGCCGGGCUCACCAGCACCCCCUCUUCUUGCACUUGACCCCCCCCCCUCCUUCCCCACAGCGUGUGUGUGUGUGUGGGGGGACACCCCAACACCCCCUCCCUGUACAUAGCCCCCCCCAUAACCACUAGGCAUAAGGGGGGGGACCCCAGGCGUCUGGCACCACCCCCCCCUAGAAAUGAGGGGGGUGUGUCACACUGUUGCCCCCAUGACCGGCAACGAGGGGCAGCAGGAUCCGACCCCCCCCACCUCCAAUAUGAGGGGGGGGACCUGACCCCCCCUUUUUGCCACCCUGGAGGGCCCCCCCAGGGCCCCCCCACUAGUAAUUUAUUUGUAGGGACGCCCCACGUUUGCACUAAGCCCCCUGUUAUUUAUACACCCCCUCCUCGGUUUUUGCCCCCCCCCCCCUCAUUUUUUUUGCCCUCUCGCGCUUCUUGACCCCCCCCGUUU